CAGAUCCACAACAUUAGAACAAAGUGUUUGCUACUGUAUAAAUGUAUAUUUAAUAAAAUAUUUUCUGUGCGCCCUCAGGUGUUCAACGAAGACGGUACGGUUCGGUAUUUUAUCGACGCCAGUCAGGAGGACCAGCGCAGCUGGAUGACUUACAUCAAGUGCGCCAGGAACGAGCAGGAGCAGAAUCUGGAGGUGGUGCAGAUCGGCAGCAGCAUCUUCUACAAGGCAGUGGAGACAAUCCCACCGGACCAGGAGCUUCUCGUCUGGUAUGGAAACACUCACAACACGUUCCUGGGAAUUCCUGGAGUUCCUGGAGCAGAUGAAGAGCUUCAGAAGAAAAACAGAAAUGGUGAGUUGUUGUUAACAU